AUGGGCUUCUUCUGUCUGGCUCUGGCAUGGAUACUCCUGGUGGGGCCAUGGAUGCCCAUGGGUGCUCAGAACCCCAUUUCCUGGGAGGUGCAGCGAUUUGAUGGGUGGUACAACAACCACAAGGAGCACAAAUGGGGCAGCAAAGGCUCACGGCUGCAGCGGCUGGUCCCAGCCAGCUACGCUGAUGGUGUGUACCAGGCCAAGGGAGAACCCCAUCUGCCCAACCCCCGAAGUCUUAGCAACACCGCUAUGAGGGGCGCUUCAGGGCAGGCUUCCUUGCGGAACCGCACAGUGAUGGGGGUCUUCUUUGGCUACCACGUGCUGUCGGACCUGGUGAGCGUGGACAGACCCGGCUGCCCCGCCGAGUUCCUCAACAUCCACAUCCCGCCCGGAGACCCUGUGUUCGACCCCCACAGACGCGGGGACGUGGUCCUGCCAUUCCAGAGAAGCCGCUGGGACCCCCAGACCGGCCAGAGCCCCAGCAACCCCCGAGACCUGACCAACCAGGUGACCGGCUGGCUGGACGGCAGCGCCAUCUAUGGCUCUUCGCACUCCUGGAGCGAUGCGCUGCGGAGCUUCUCCGGGGGGCAGCUGGCGUCGGGCCCGGACCCCGACUUCCCGCGGGACGCGCAGAACCCGCAGCUCAUGUGGGUCGCGCCGGACCCCGCCACCGGCCAGCGCGGGCCUCGGGGGCUGUACGCCUUCGGGGCGGAGCGCGGGAACCGCGAGCCCUUCGUGCAGGCGCUGGGCCUGCUGUGGUUCCGCUACCACAACCUGUGCGCGCAGAGGCUGGCGGCCGCGCACCCGAGCUGGGACGACGAGCAGCUGUUCCAGCACGCGCGCAAGCGGGUCAUCGCCACCUACCAGAACAUCGCCAUGUAUGAGUGGCUGCCCAGCUUCCUUGGGAAGACGCCCCCCGCUUAUGCAGGGUACCACCCUUUCCUGGACCCCAGCAUCUCUCCAGAGUUCCUGGUGGCGUCUGAACAGUUUCUCUCCACCAUGGUGCCCCCUGGCGUCUACAUGAGAAAUGCCAGCUGUCACUUCCAGUGGGUUGACUGGAACUCAACUGUCUCCAGAGCUCUCCGGGUCUGCAACAGCUACUGGAGGCGAGAGCAUUCCCAAAAUGCCAAAGAUGUGGUCGCACUGCUGCUGGGCAUGGCCUCCCAGAUCGCCGAGCGAGAGGACCAUGUGGUGGUUGAGGAUGUCCAAGAUUUCUGGCCUGGACCUCUGAAGUUUUCCCGCACAGAUCACAUGGCAAGCUGCCUGCAACGGGGCCGGGAUCUGGGCCUGCCUUCCUACAGCAAAGCCAGGGAAGCCCUGGGCCUGCCUCCUGUUACCAGCUGGCGAGACAUCAACCCUGCACUCUCCCGAAUCAAUGGCACUGUGCUAGAGGCUACAGCUGCCUUAUACGACCAGGACCUGUCUCGCCUGGAGCUGCUCCCUGGGGGGCUCCUAGAGAGCCACGGGGACCCUGGGCCCCUCUUCAGUGCCAUUGUGCUCGACCAGUUUGUGCGACUGCGGGAUGGAGACCGGUACUGGUUUGAGAACACCAGGAAUGGGCUGUUCUCUGAGGAAGAGAUCACAGAGAUCAGAAACACUUCGCUCCGGGAUGUUCUGGUGGCCGUCACCAACCUGAGCCCGAAUGCCCUGCAACCCAACAUCUUUUUCUGGAGAGCCGGAGACCCCUGUCCACAGCCCACACAGCUCAGCACUGAGAGCCUGCCAGCCUGCACUCCUUACAUCAUUCGAGACUAUUUUAAGGGCUGCAGAUUUGGCUUUUGGGUCACCAUUGCGACCCUCUGCUGCUUCCCCCUAGUGAGCCUUCUUAGCGCCUGGAUUGUUGCCCGACUCCGGAGGCGGAACUUCAAGAGGCUGCAAGGGCAGGGCCGCCAAAGCAUCAUGUCUGAGAAGUUCGUGGAGGGUGUGGAAGCACUGGAAUGGCAGGGCCGCAAGGAGCCUUCCCGGCAUGUGCUGGUGCAUCUGCAGCCCGGUCAGGUCCGCGUAGUAGACGGCAGAUUCUCUGUGCUCCGCAUCAUCCAGCUGCGGCCCCCGCAGCAGGUCAACCUCAUCCUGUCCAGCAACCGUGGCCGCCGCACCCUGCUGCUCAAGAUCCCCAAGGAGUAUGACCUGGUGCUGCUGUUCAACCUGGAGGAGGAGCGGCAGGAGCUGGUGGAAAACCUGCGGGCGACUCUGAAGGAGAGUGGGCUGAGCUUCCAGGAGUGGGAGCUGCGGGAGCAGGAGCUGAUGCGGGUGGCUGUGACGCGGGAGCAGCGGAGCCACCUCCUGGAGACCUUCUUCAGGCACCUAUUCUCCCAGGUGCUGGACAUCAACCAGGCCGACGCGGGGACGCUGCCCCUGGACUCAUCCCAGAAGGUGCGGGAGGCCCUGACAUGUGAGCUGAGCAGAGUCGAGUUCGCCGAGUCCCUCGGUCUCAAGCCCCAGGACAUGUUUGUGGAGUCCAUGUUCUCUCUGGCUGACAAGGACGGCAAUGGCUACCUGUCCUUCCGGGAGUUUCUGGACAUCCUGGUGGUGUUCAUGAAAGGUUCCCCUGAGGAAAAGUCCCGCCUUAUGUUCCGCAUGUAUGACUUUGACGGGAAUGGUCUCAUCUCCAAGGAUGAGUUCAUCAGGAUGCUGAGCUCCUUCAUCGAGAUCUCUAACAACUGCCUGUCCAAGACGCAGCUGGCCGAGGUGGUGGAGUCCAUGUUCCGGGAGUCGGGUUUCCAGGACAAGGAGGAGCUGACGUGGGAGGACUUCCACUUUAUGCUGCGAGACCACGACAGUGAGCUGCGCUUCACGCAGCUCUGCGUCAGAGGGGUGGAGGUUCCUGAAGACAUCAAGGACCGUUGUCGUCGAGCCUCCUACAUCAGCCAGGAGAAGAUCUGUCCCUCUCCCCGAGUGAGUGGUCGCUGUCGCCGGAGUGACAUGGAGGGGGAGCUGACACCACAGCAAAUGCAGUGCCCCAUGGACACAGACCCUCCCCAGGAGAUUCGACGGAGGUUUGGCAAGAAGGUCACAUCCUUCCAACCGCUGCUAUUCACUGAGGCGCACAGGGAGAAAUUUCAACGCAGCUGGCGCCACCAGACCGUGCAGCAGUUCAAGCGCUUCAUUGAGAACUACCGGCGCCACAUUGGCUGCGUGGCCGUGUUCUAUGCCAUCACUGGGGGCCUUUUCCUGGAGAGAGCCUACUAUUACGCCUUUGCGGCUCAUCACAUGGGCAUCACGGACACCACCCGCGUGGGCAUCAUCCUGUCCCGGGGCACAGCCGCCAGCAUCUCUUUCAUGUUCUCCUACAUCCUGCUCACCAUGUGCCGCAACCUCAUCACCUUCCUGCGCGAGACCUUCCUUAACCGCUACGUGCCCUUCGACGCCGCAGUGGAUUUCCACCGCCUCAUCGCCAGCACCGCCAUCGUGCUCACAGUGCUACACAGUGCAGGCCAUGUGGUGAAUGUGUACCUGUUCUCCGUCAGCCCCCUCAGCGUCCUCUCCUGCCUCUUUCCCGGCCUCUUUCAUGAUGAUGGCUCUGAGUUUCCCCAGAAGUAUUACUGGUGGUUUUUCCAGACAGUACCAGGCCUCACAGGGGUGGUGCUGCUCCUGGUCCUGGCCAUCAUGUAUGUUUUUGCAUCCCACCAUUUCCGGCGCCACAGCUUCAGGGGCUUCUGGCUGACCCACCACCUCUACAUCCUGCUCUACGUACUGCUCAUCAUCCAUGGCAGCUUCGCUCUGAUCCAGAUGCCCCGUUUCCACAUUUUCUUCCUGGUCCCGGCACUCAUCUAUGGGGGUGACAAGCUGGUGAGCCUGAGCCGGAAGAAGGUGGAGAUUGGAGUGGUGAAGGCAGAGCUGCUGCCCUCAGGAGUGACCCACCUGCAGUUCCAGCGGCCCCAAGGCUUUGAGUACAAGUCAGGACAGUGGGUGCGGAUCGCCUGUCUGGCUUUGGGGACCACCGAGUAUCACCCCUUCACGCUGACGUCUGCACCCCAUGAGGACACGCUCAGCCUGCAUAUCCGGGCAGCAGGACCCUGGACCACUCGCCUCAGGGAGAUCUACUCUCCCCCACCGGGUGACACCUGUCCCAGAUACCCAAAGCUAUACCUUGAUGGGCCAUUUGGAGAGGGCCAUCAAGAGUGGCACAAGUUUGAGGUGUCUGUGCUGGUGGGAGGGGGCAUUGGAGUCACUCCCUUUGCCUCCAUCCUCAAAGACCUGGUCUUCAAGUCUUCAGUCAGCUGCCAAGUGUUCUGUAAGAAGAUCUACUUCAUCUGGGUGACACGGACGCAGCGGCAGUUCGAGUGGCUGGCUGACAUCAUCCGGGAGGUGGAGGAGAAUGACCGCCAGGACCUGGUGUCCGUGCACAUUUACAUCACUCAGCUGGCCGAGAAGUUCGACCUCAGGACCACCAUGCUGUACAUCUGUGAGCGGCACUUCCAGAAGGUACUGAACCGGAGUCUGUUCACGGGCUUGCGCUCCGUCACCCACUUUGGCCGUCCCCCCUUUGAGCCCUUCUUCAACUCCCUGCAGGAGGUCCACCCACAGGUUCGGAAGAUUGGGGUGUUUAGCUGUGGCCCCCCUGGCAUGACCAAGAAUGUGGAAAAGGCCUGUCAGCUCAUCAAUAAGCAGGACCGGACUCAUUUCUCCCACCACUAUGAAAACUUCUAAGCCUCCAUCCAAGGCUGAGCAGAGGGUUGGGUGCACUGCACCUGUCUAAUUCCCUCUGCCUUCUCUUCUUCCCACCUCCUAUUCUUGGUUCAGUCACUCCUGGUGGCUUCAGGGAACCCCAGGCCCAGAAUGCAUCCUGGUCAAGAGAAGUGGGAGGCACUGGGGAUGAGAGGCUGGGAAAUUGGAGAGCUAUCACUGUUUUGGGACAAGGUGACACUUUCACAUUGAGAAGAAAAAUCAAGACCGAACUAGCAUGCAUGGGUGACACGUGUGUGUGUGUGUGUGUGUGUGUGUGUGUGUUCAGUCUAAGGAUGAAAUGGGAACACAGAUGCUGGCAUCUCAGAACCUCGCCUCCAAGGCUGCCCACCCACAACUUGGCUCUCUACUGUCAAAAGGGCCGGCAGAUGCCUUGGAGGGGUGGCGGCUGGAACCAGAGUAAUUUACAGGAACCCCUUAGGACUCUGGUCUAACAGUUCAAUUGAUCUUCCCUGGAGUUUUUAAGCAUGUGCUAUAGUCAGAACCUGGUCCAGUAUCUGUCUGGAUGGUACCCCUCAGCCCUUCUUUUCUGGCUCCUGUAGUCUCCAUUACAAAUAAACAUCUUUGCUGCUCUCAAGGUUUCUUUCUUCUGCCCUGAUGCGGUGGUACUGCACGAACAGUGGAAGCUUCCCAUCCAGCCCACUCUCCAGGCUGGCCCAGACCUUCUUGCUGAGCUUGCCAGUAUCUGAAUAUAAACUCUGCACAGUCAAGUGCCCCACAAGAGUCCCCUUUCCCAGUUCAGCCUUUCUGCGAGAAGGUCUCGAGAGCGGCUAGUGUGAGGUUUAGGCAAAGGUUGGGGGUGGAGGGCAGAUUCUGCAGGAGUUGGCUGGGCACCAGUUGGUGAGAAGGAGGGCAGUUAGCCUGGCUUGCCUCAGGACCGUUACUCCCAACCCUCCUGUGAGCAGCAGGUGAGCUUCAGAACACCUGUGCCAGACAGGUAGCUUGCAAAUGCCAGCAGGGAAGACAGGUGGCAUCAGCCAGCUAACCUCUUGGGGCCUCUUUUCUCAUCUGCAAAUGAGCAAAUACCUUCCCAGUCUACUAAGAGUGGGCAUGUACCCGAGGGAAUUUUUGAAGCAAUGCCCAAUCGCGACUGUCCUCAGAGAAUUCUAAACUAUCAUCAGUCAGUAUAACCAUCACGGAGCCUCUGGAUUAGAAAAUCCUCACGACUCACUUCACAACUGGGGAGUCGCAGUUUUGGAUCGGGAUAGACCCUUUCCGGGGUGUCCGUGCAGCCCGAGAGAUUGCCUUGGUAGUUUAUGCUCCAGCUUGCCCGUGGGAGCAGGUGGGCGGACCUGCUGGGUCGCUCGAGAGAACCGCUGAUCCGGGGGUCCAGGAACAGCACGGGCCUCGAGCUGGUUCCUGCGCUGGACGUCCGGGCCAGCAGGGCGCGCGCGCGGACGGCCCCGCCGGGCUCAGGCCCCAGGUUGGAGGGCGCCCUGGGCCGUGGCCCGCCAGGCUGCAGGUCCUGGUGAGGCGCGGGGCCGGGAGGGGGUCGGGGAGGCGCGGGCGGCCCCGCUUCCCCUGUAAAGGAAACGCUGGCGGCUGCGCCAGCGUUCCCGCCCCCGCGUGGCAGGGCCGCCCCGCUCCC